GUGUAUUUUCCAUAUUCCUUCCUCUGCAGAGUCCUCUAUUCCUCCUGGUGGUGAAACCCUGAACACCGCCGAGUCAGCGACCGAAGCCGUCGCCGCCGCAGCCAUGACCCGGCGGUGCUCUCACUGCAGCAACAACGGCCACAAUUCGAGAACCUGCCCCACCCGUGGGGCUGGCGCCGGCCCCUCCUCCGGGGUGAAGCUGUUCGGCGUCCGGCUCAUCGACGGCUCAAUGAAGAAGAGCGCCAGCAUGGGGAACCUUUCGGCGCACUUCCACUCGUCGUCGGCGUCGCCGAAUCCGGGCUCGCCGGAUCCUGGCCAGGUCCAUGUGCCUGAGGGGUACCUCUCCGAUGAUACCGCUCACGGCUCGUCCCACCGCCGCGGGGAGAGAAAGAGAGGGGUCCCAUGGACAGAAGAAGAGCAUCGUCUGUUUCUGAUUGGCCUUCAGAAAUUGGGUAAAGGUGACUGGCGUGGGAUAGCGAGAAACUAUGUUACGUCAAGAACUCCAACCCAGGUGGCAAGCCAUGCGCAAAAGUAUUUCAUUCGACAGACUCAUGCUGGCCGAAGGAAGAGGCGUUCGAGCCUCUUCGACAUGGCUCCUGAUGUGGAUUUCGAUCCACCCACAGUACCAGAAGAGCCCUCACUGCCUCCUCCAGCAGGAGAAGCUGAUAACACAAAUUCGAUGCCUUCUCUGGAUCUCUCUCUGGGCUCAGAGGUCAAGCCCAUGGAGACCUCACCCCAAGAACCGCAUAAAGAGAACGCGGAAAAUCUGGUUCCACCGGCUGGGUUCCCGCUCUUUAUCCCGGGAUAUUUCCAAGCUCAGAUCCAUGUCCCUGUUCCGUUCCCCAUUUGGCAGCCCAUUGUGGCCCAACAGGAGGACGACAAGUGUACUGAGACGACAUCCCAACACCAGGUGCUGAAACCCAUUCCGUUGCUCCCCAAGGAAACCGUUAACGUGGAUGAGCUGGUGGGCAUGUCUCAGCUAAGCCUGAUAGAGGCAGAAGGCGGCUCUAACCCCAAGGAGACUCCAUCUCUCUCGCUAAAGUUAACUGGGGAGCCAUCUAGACAAUCUGCUUUCCAUGCUAACAGUGGAGCUGUAAGCGGGUCAGACCUUAGCACGGGCAAGAAUAGCCCAAUCCAAGCAGUCUGAUCCUGUACUGGAUUCAUUUUGUUGGGAUUCAGAAGAAGGGCAUCUUGUUUGAGUAGCCGUUGAGGUUGCAUGGCAGUCCUCGAAGCCCAACCCAAGGUUUAGAUGGAUCUAUUAGUGCUUUCGGAAAUUCUUAAUCUAUUCUUUUUAACUGUAAUCAGGUAAACGAUCUAUAACAAUAAUUGAUAUGUAGUAAGCGCAGCAAGUGUUGUAUCUCUGCAUGUAUAGCCGGACCAAGUGAUUUCUUUUGCUGCUUGCAAUUUUUGCAGGGGCAAGUUAGCUUAGGUUUUUUUUUUUUUCUAUUUCUGCAUCGAUAUUUAAUGAUAUAUCUAAUUUCGUGGUAAGUUCACUGUUC